GCCGCCUUACGCGCGUCCUCAGGCCGUCCCCGUCGGCCCUAGCGGCGCGCACACCAGCCUGGCCCAAACACCCCACUCGGGCCGGCCAGCUCGCGGGUUCGCUCGCCCCGCCCCCGCUUCCCCGCGCCGCUGCUGGGCGCUUGCGCGGGGCGCGUGGCCGUGGCCAGGGUCUCCGCUGCAGCCGGUGGUGCCGCUGCCGCCUCAGUCAGUCAGUCAGUCAGUCCCCAGCAAUGGCGGAAGGAGGUGAGCGAGAGGAGCUGCUCUCGCCGCCGCCGGUCUCCCCGGCUAAGAGGCUGUGCUCGUGGCCCAGCCCGCAGGCUCACCACCCUCGCGGUUUGCCUGGGACGGUCAGCGGCGGGGCAGGGGGCGUCGGCGGUAGCUGCCUAGCCCCCGGGGCCCGCCCCCACCUGCAGCCCGAGUCCUUGCUGGACUGCGCCGCCAAGACGGUGGCGGAAAAGUGGGCGUACGAGCGGGUGGAGGAGCGCUUCGAGCGGAUCCCGGAGCCGGUGCAGCGCCGCAUCGUCUACUGGUCCUUCCCGCGGAAUGAGCGGGAGAUCUGCAUGUACUCCAGCUUCCAGUACCGGGGCAGCUCCGGGGCCGGCGCUGCUGGCGGCGCAGUGGGGACUUCGCCGGCCGAGGAGGGGCUGCCACCGCCCCCCGGGGCCACAGCUCCGACCGGCUCCGCCCCCGGGACCGCCGCUGUGGUUGGGACGUCCCCAGGACUGAGCGCAGGAGCCAGUGCGGUCGGCGGCGGCGGCGGCGAGGGGCUGCCCUUCCGCCGGGGCAUCCGUCUGCUGGACAGCGGCUCCGUGGAGAACGUGCUGCAAGUCGGCUUCCAUCUGAGCGGUACAGUAACAGAGCCAGCCACUGCUUCUGAACCAGCAAUGACUUACAAAGUUGCUAUCAGUUUUGAUCGAUGCAAAAUCACUUCAGUGACGUGUGGCUGUGGGAACAAGGACAUAUUCUACUGUGCUCAUGUGGUAGCGCUCUCACUCUACAGGAUCCGUAAACCAGACCAAGUCAAAUUACGUCUUCCUAUCUCAGAAACGCUUUUCCAGAUGAAUAGAGAUCAGUUACAAAAGUUUAUUCAAUAUUUAAUCACUGCACACCACACUGAAGUUCUUCCUACUGCACAGAAACUGGCCGAUGAGAUUCUGUCCUCCAACUCAGAAAUCAAUCAAGUGCAUGGUGCCCCUGACCCCACAGCUGGAGCCAGCAUUGAUGAUGAGAACUGUUGGCAUUUGGAUGAAGAACAAGUGAAAGAACAAGUGAAGCUCUUUCUCUCCCAGGGUGGCUACUAUGGCUCUGGAAAGCAACUCAACUCAAUGUUUGCCAAGGUUCGAGAGAUGCUGCGGAUGAGAGAUUCCAAUGGAGCCAGAAUGUUGACACUUAUAACUGAGCAGUUCAUGGCUGACCCACGUCUCACACUCUGGAGGCAGCAAGGAACAAGCAUGACAGACAAAUGUAGGCAACUCUGGGAUGAGCUCGGGGCUUUGUGGGUGUGCAUCAUUUUAAAUCCACACUGCAAACUGGAGGAAAAAUCCUGCUGGCUGCUGCAACUGCAGAAGUGGAGUGACCUUGAUGUGUGUCCCCUGGAGGACGGGAACUAUGGGCAUGAGCUUCCCAACAUCACCAAUGCGCUUCCCCAAAGUGCCAAUCACAGCCCAGAUUCUUUAUCCAGACCAAGAAGAACAGUAUUCACGAGAGCCAUCGAAGGGCGUGAAUUGCACUGGCAGGACAGCCACUUACAGCGAAUAAUCAGCAGUGAUGUAUAUACAGCUUCUGCCUGCCAGCGAGAAAGCGAAAGAUUACUCUUUAAUUCUCAAGGCCAGCCCCUGUGGCUUGAGCAUGUGCCUACAGCCUGUGCCCGGGUGGAUGCCCUGCGUUCCCAUGGUUAUCCGAAAGAGGCCCUCCGGCUCACAGUGGCCAUUAUCAACACUCUGAGACUACAGCAGCAGAGGCAGCUGGAAAUCUACAAGCAUCAAAAGAAAGAGCUGUUGCAGAGAGGAACCACAACUAUCACAAACCUAGAAGGCUGGGUGGGCCACCCCCUGGACCCUGUUGGCUGUCUGUUUCUCACUUUAACUGAGGCCUGCCGCCUGAAUGAUGAUGGCUAUCUGGAAGUGUCAGAUAUGAGUGAAAGCAGAACCCCUGUGUACCAGCAUGUACCUGUGGCUUCAAGCUUCCCAAACAGCACUGAAUCCUACCUGUCAUUGGCCCUCGAAGUUGCUUUGAUGGGAAUGGGUCAACAGAGGGUGAUGCCUGAAGGCCUCUACGCGCAGGACAAGGUGUGCCGAAAUGAGGAGCAACUUCUGAGUCGCCUCCAGGAGCUGCAGCUGGAUGACGAGCUGGUGCAAACCCUGCGGAAGCAGUGCAUUUUAUUGCUGGAUGGAGGUCCCUUCAGUGGUCUGGGAGAAGUCAUCCACCGAGAGAGUGUGCCCAUGCAUACCUUUGCCAAGUUCUUAUUCUCUGCUCUGCUGCCUCAUGAUCCAGACCUGUCCUAUAAAUUAGCCUUACGUGCCAUGAGGUUACCGGUUCUAGAAAACUCAGCUUCUGCAGGCGACACUUCCCACCCUCACCAUAUGGUGUCUGUGGUACCCAGCCGUUACCCUCGCUGGUUCACACUUGGACACUUGGAAUCACAGCAGUGUGAAUUGGCCUCCACCAUGCUGACUGCUGCCAAAGGGGACACUCUGAGGCUCCGAACAAUCCUGGAAGCAAUACAGAAGCACAUCCAUUCGUCCUCCCUCAUCUUCAAGCUGGCCCAAGAUGCGUUCAAGAUUGCUACUCCCACGGACAGCAGUACUGACAGCACAUUACUCAAUGUGGCCCUGGAGCUAGGGUUACAGGUGAUGCGGAUGACCUUAUCAACCCUUAACUGGCGGCGCCGAGAGAUGGUGCGGUGGUUGGUGACGUGUGCUACAGAAGUGGGUGUGCGGGCCCUGGUGAGCAUCUUGCAGAGCUGGUACACGCUCUUCACGCCCACGGAGGCCACUAGCAUUGUGGCUGCCACGGCUGUGUCCCACACCACCAUCCUGCGCCUCAGCCUCGACUACCCGCAGCGGGAGGAGCUGGCGAGCUGUGCCCGCACCCUGGCCCUGCAGUGCGCUAUGAAGGAUCCACAAAGCUGUGCCCUAUCGGCCCUCACGCUCUGUGAGAAAGACCACAUCGCCUUCGAGGCCGCCUACCAGAUUGCCAUUGAUGCUGCUGCUGGUGGGAUGACCCAUUCGCAGCUGUUCACUAUCGCUCGCUACAUGGAGCUCCGUGGCUACCCGCUACGUGCCUUCAAGCUGGCCUCCCUGGCCAUGAGCCAUCUCAACUUGGCCUAUAACCAGGACACCCACCCAGCCAUCAACGAUGUGCUCUGGGCGUGCGCUCUAAGCCACUCUCUGGGCAAGAACGAGCUGGCGGCUCUCAUCCCGUUGGUGGUGAAGAGCGUGCACUGCGCCACGGUGCUUUCAGACAUCCUGCGGCGCUGCACGGUGACCGCGCCCGGCCUGGCGGGCAUCCCAGGACGCCGCAGCUCUGGAAAGCUCAUGUCCACGGACAAAGCCCCACUGCGCCAGCUGCUGGAUGCCACCAUCAACGCCUACAUCAACACCACACACUCGCGCCUGACACACAUCAGCCCCCGCCACUACGGAGAGUUCAUUGAGUUUCUGAGCAAGGCGCGGGAGACCUUCCUCCUGCCCCAGGAUGGCCACCUGCAGUUUGCCCAGUUCAUCGACAACCUCAAACAGAUCUACAAAGGCAAGAAGAAGCUGAUGCUGCUGGUGCGGGAGCGCUUUGGCUGAGAAAGCAGACAGCUCACCAUCAGGGCAGGCUGGGCUCCCAGGUUCUAUCAGGUCAGGCCAGGGACAUUGAAACAUUUGUCUCCACCGAGAGGACUCUGAGAGCCUGUGGCUGAAACCAAAGGACCACGGGGCUCAGGAUGGGGAGAGUCUAACUCUGGCCCUUACGCCUGCCUUGGCAUAAUUCUCACGACAGCCCACCAUUCCUGGAGGAGCUGAGCCCUGCAGAUUGAUCAGAACCCCACAACAUGCCACCUCGCAUCCCUAUAGCCUGCAUCUCUUGGGCAUUAGCCCCCUCCCCUGGCAAACACAGAACACUGUUCCGUCUCAGGGAUUGCUUAACCAGAGAAACAGAAGCAUUUAUGGUACUGUAAAUACUAAAGUAUAUGUGUUGCCAAUGACAUUGUAAAGUUGUAACUAUUUAUAAUUCUGGUUCUAAUUUGAUGGGCACUUGAAGUAGUUUGGGUGGGAGGAUAGGAUGGUUGAAAGGAAAUCUUUUGUUUUCUGAGGAGACUCACAACCAUUUCUCAGGUUUCCCUUGUAGAGUGUUAUGCUGUUGGCAGUGGAAGAGGGUGGUGUGGCAGGGAGAAAAAUGGCCAGUUGGAAUAAUUCCCAAGUCUUGUCUAUGCAGAAACAUUAGCCUGCAGACAGGGCAUGUGUAGCUCCGAUGAGGGUGAGGAGCAGAGGCCAGGACUUUGACUCUUGCCUCAUGAUGCUGAGGACACUGAAGCACCUGCUCCUGCUCCUGCCUGACGUAGCCUUUCAAGAGCCUGUCGAGCUCCUGGGAGCAAGUGCAGAGAGAAAACAGGGGUCUGGGGUCUGGAGAGCCACUGAGCUCACGAUACACAUCUGCACUGGUCAUCUUUAAGAAUAACUUGCUGUUUCAUCUCUAAUUAUGUGUGUGUCUGUGUAGCUAAAUACAUGCAUCCAUGCGUGUAUAUCUGUGCAUGUUUGUAUGUGCACAUACACAUGCGAACUGGCACAAGUUCUUCAUGUGUUUGUACACAUGUGUGAAUGCAUGUGUGCCAGGCUGUGUGAGGAGGUACACAUUUGCAUGCAUGCGUGAAUCUGUGUGUUAAGUGUUUUCAUGCUUAUAUAAGUAUUAGUGUGUACAUAUCUGCACACAUAAGUGCAUAUGUAUAAACAUGUUUAUGCCUGGGUUUUUGCUAUUCAUGGCUCUUUGUUAUUCUGUGUGUAUAUCUCUACAUGUAGAUGUCUGUCU